AUGGAGGCCUUGGGUCCUGGAGGCGACCGCGUCUCCCCGGCCUCUUCCACUCGCAACCUGGACCAGAGGCGGCUGUCCACGCGCACCGACUCGGCCUACAGUUCUUUCUCCGCGGCCUCCAGUGGCCCUGAGCCGCGCACGCGGUCGCCUGGGACCGACCUCCUUCCUUACCUUGACUGGGCCUACGUGCGCGUGGUUUGGGGUGGCCCGGCCCCCGCCCGGCCAGACUCUGUGCCUCGAACAUCCCCGCGGCCCCGGCCCGCGGUCGCUGCACGUACUGGGCUGCAGCCCCGAGAGAGCCAGGGGACGCCGGGGUCACUCAGCAGACAGACCACCCCGCUGCUGUACGCGCUGGCGGCCGAGGCUGAGGCCACGGCGCGGGCCGCCGAGCCGCCCAGCCCGCCAGCCUCGCGGGCUGCCUACCGCCGGCGGCUGCAGGGCGCGCAGCGGCGAGUGCUCCGGGAGACGUCCUUCCAGCGCAAGGAGCUCCGCAUGAGCCUGCCCGCCCGCCUGCGGCCCCCCACGGCGCACCCGCGCUCCGCCUCGCUUAGCCACCCGGGCGGGGAGGUGCGGCCGGAGCGCUCUCAGGCUCCCGCGCCUGGAACCGCCGGCCGGGGACGCCUCGCCAACCAGCAGCGGAAGUGGUGCUUCUCGGAGCCAGGAGAGUUGGAUCGCGUGGGUCGGGGCGGUGGGCCGGCGGGGGAAGGCUCGGAUGAGAACUCCUCCAGCUCUAGCCUCGCCAGGCGCGAGCCCCAGGAGUUGCAGCAUCGGGUGCUGGCUGACUCCCAAGGUCACCAGAUAGGAUGGCUGCCUGAUCCCCAAACCACAGCAGACCUGAACUUCGGGUCCUUGAAGCUCGGCGAUGACUACAGGCCUGCCAGUGGGAGUCCGAGCGCUUCAGGUGAAGUCUUGGGUCCCUGGAGAGGUCCAGGAGGAGCUGUGUCCAUUAUCCAGGCUGUUCCCCAAGGAGCAGAAAACCCCAGACAGUUGUUUCAGACCAGACUCUCCCGGUUCUUGACUCAGAAGGAGACUGCAGCAAUGUGUACUGCAGAGGUCCCCCACAGCAGCCCUGCCGACUGUGAGCAGAGUGUCUCAGAGACCCACAUUGUGUCUGCCCGGCUCCCCUCCCUUCCUGAUGAUGAAGUGUUCCUGGAAGAAUCCCUGAUGGUCAGAAUGGGAUCAUCUCCAGACUCCUGUGCCCCACGGCGACUCCCAACCAGUGUCCAUGCCUCUGACCAGCAAUAUGAAACUGGCUUGGACCAAGGGGCUAGCCAGUCUACAGUUCCCCAAGAACACACCCUCUAUGAGUGCCCAGGGACCGCAGGGGCAGAUGAUUGCUGGCAGGAGGUGAACGGUUCUGUGGGUGUCUCCAAGCCCACACACUGUAGCCCCCCUAGGACUGCAAAUGGUGACAUCUCUACUAUUGACCCCACUGGACUGCUGACAACAGACCCUCCCACAGCUGCAGAGAGUGACCCCCUCAAACCUCUCCCAGCUGAUGCCCUGGGACCUUCAGGCAACAAUACCCGAAGGGCCCCUCACCACACUGUCCUGGCCUGGGGCACUGGCCAGCCUGGUUCCAGGCCAACAUGGCCCACUCAGCACCUUGAGGAGCUGGUUCAGGAGCUGGCCAGACUGGAUCCCUGUCUGAGUGACACUCUUGCCUCCCACCUCAGCCCAGAGCCACCUGUGGGCCUGCUGGAUGGGCUGAUUCCUUUAGCUGAGGUCUGGGCUGCAAUGAGGCCAGCCUGUGGGGAGGCUGGAGAAGAGGCUGCUGGUAUUUCUGAGCCGGGGUCCUACCAAUCCAGCUCCAUCCAGCUCCUGCCAACUUCUCAGGAGGAAACAAGACUUGAAAACCCUGCCACCCACCCUGUGCCUGACCCGUCAUGUGGCCAGGGGCUCCCUGCACCAAACAACAGCAUCCAGUCCAAGAAAGUGGAGCUAGCCGGCCUCCUCCAAAAGAUGCUGCAGGACCUUCAGGGCGAGCAGGAGCGGCUGCGGGGGGCGGCCCAAGCGUGGGCUAGGCGCAGGGCAGCCCUGGAAGCUGCAGUGGGCCAGGCCUGUACACCCCGGGAGCUGGAGCAGUUCAGCCGGUUCAUGGCCGACCUAGAGCGCGUGCUUGGCCUGCUUCUGCUGCUUGGCAGCCGCCUGGCCCGCGUGCGCUGCGCCCUGGCCCGGGCAGGCUCGGAUGGCGACCCAGACGAGCGGGCCUCUCUGCUGCAGCGGCUCGGGCUCUUGCAGCGUCAGCAGGAGGAUGCCAAGGAGCUGAAGGAGCAUGUGGCGCGUCGCGAGCGGGCUCUGCGCGAGGUGCUGUCACGGGCACUGCCGGCAGAGGAGCUGCGCUCUUAUUGUGCCCUGCUAGCCGGCAAGGCCGCCGUCCUGGCCCAGCAGCGCAGCCUGGAUGACCGUGUCCGGCUCCUUCAGGACCAACUGGACGCCGUCAGGAGCAACCUUGGCCAUCGUCCCUUGUCUCCCAGGCCAGUCUGGCCCCCGGGGACCUGUCGGGAUGAAGCGCCCUUCCUUCCUCCCCUUAUCUAG